AUGCACUUAGCAGGUCUUGCAUCCUUGUCCAACUCACACUAUCAAUUUUUGCAACAGUCUACAAAUUUCUGUUCUAAUUUCAAAGGUGUUAUAGCUGGUUUCAGAAAUGAAAGUAUUAUUCUUCUUGCAGCUAAUGGUAUAAAAAAGCUAUGCAUCAAAACAGAUUCUGAAUUUUUGGUAAAGAGUGCAUCUCACUGGAGCAAGGCUGGCUGCACUUUAGAGGCAGGCGGUAGCUGGGCCCAGAAUCAAGAAGAUUACAAAGUACUAUACGAUGCAAUAACGGACAGUGGAAUGGAAAUCAGAUGGCAUUAUGUUCCUGGACACAGUGGUAUUGAAGGCAACCAGAAAGCAGAUGCACUCGCAAGAUUGGGAGCCCAGAUGAGUGCAAACGAUGCUGGUGAUGCUACACUCUCUGAGAAUUUGAAAUCCAAAGAGAAUUACAGUAGAUUUUACUGA